AUAUACAUAUAUGAUAUACCCCUCGAUCCUAUUCUUCUGGAUGCCAUUAUUAUUCUCUUUCUCCCCAAUUUAUCAUCUUCACGCUCUUCAAUAUUAUCAAUAGCCACAUAAAAUCAUUUGUUUCCUCCAACAAAUUAAUUACUUUAAUGAAACGAUAAACCUACUCAUUCCCCUCUUUCAUCAGCCUUGUGUUUCCGUUUCAGAUUAAUUUGUUGAAUCAUGGAUCGUCUCAGUUCUCCUGCACGUUUAAUGAUAGUUUCGGAUCUUGAUCAUACAAUGGUUGAUCAUCAUGAUCCUGAGAAUCUGUCCAUUUUGAGAUUCAAUGCUUUGUGGGAAUCGAAUUACCGCCAUGAUUCAUUGUUGGUAUUUUCAACUGGAAGAUCUUUAACCCUUUACAAGGAGUUGAGGAAAGAGAAACCUAUGCUGACUCCAGAUAUCACAAUUAUGUCUGUGGGUACUGAGAUUACGUAUGGUAAAUCGAUGGUGCCUGAUGACGGAUGGGUCGAAAUCCUGAAUCAGAAAUGGGACAGGAAUGUAGUUAGAGAAGAGGCAAGCAAGUUUCCUGAGCUCAAACCUCAGGCUGAGACAGAGCAGCGGCCACACAAAAUUAGCUUUUAUGUUGAUAAGGAGAAGGCGCAACAAGUGACGAAGAAGCUUGCUGAGAUAUUGGAAAAGCGUGGGUUGGAUGUGAAGAUAAUUUACAGUGGAGGAAUUGACUUGGAUAUAUUGCCACAAGGUGCUGGUAAAGGACAAGCCCUUGCAUAUUUGCUUAAGAAGUUCAAGUCUGUGGGAAAAACACCCACCAAUACCCUUGUGUGUGGUGAUUCUGGAAAUGAUGCUGAGCUAUUUAGCAUUCCAGAAGUUCAUGGUGUCAUGGUUAGCAAUGCCCAAGAGGAAUUACUGCAAUGGCAUGCACAAAAUGCAAAAGGCAACCCUAAGAUUAUCCAUGCAACUGAAAGAUGUGCAGCUGGUAUAAUACAGGCUAUUGGUCACUUCAACCUUGGUCCUAGCAUCUCUCCGAGGGAUGCUAGGGAUUUUACUGAAUGUCAGCUAGAGAAUGUGAACCCAGGCCAUGAAAUCGUGAAAUUUUACUUGUUUUACGAGAGAUGGAGACGUGGAGAAGUUGAAAACUCUGAGUCAUACUAUGCAAGCCUCAAAUCAGUUUGUCAUCCUUCAGGGGUUUUCAUCCAUCCAUCUGGCGAGGAGCUAUCUCUUCAUGGCAGCAUAGAUAAACUCAGAAAAUGCUAUGGAGAUCGUCAGGGAACUAAGUACCGGGUCUGGGUUGAUCGCCUCUUGCCAACAAGGAUAAGCAAUGAUGCAUGGCUUGUGCAGUUUGAGAAGUGGGAAUCAUCUGGUGAAGAGUACCAGUGCGGUGUAGUUACAACUCUAUUGAGAUCUAAGGUCGCUAACUCUUUAAUUGACCUGUUAUGGGAGCAUGUGCAUCAAACAUGGCUGGAUGGGUAUGCUGCCAAGGAUAACAACUCAUGGAUGUUGUAAGGUUUCACACCUAGUGCAGAAUGGAGCCUCGAUCCAAGUGGUAUAUUCGUUUGUAAAACCUAUUUGCUAUGGCUUCAUAGCGAACCUCUUAUUGUUCAGGCGAUGAUGGAUGGGCUGUUAUCCUCAUGACAAUAAACAAAAUUUUGCCACAUGUUUACAAUGUAAAUUCAGAUUGCAUGAGAUACCUUGUGUAAAAUGUUUUCUGGUUUGAGCAAUAAAUACACAUAUACACUUCCUGUG